AUGUCUCUCCCAUCUAAUGUCCACAUCUCUUCCCACCCCUGUCUUCAAGCCAAGCUCUCUCUAAUUCGCUCGUCCUCCACUACUCCCCGCGAGACACGAGGGCUAGUCAAUGAUAUUGCCACCAUUCUGGGAGUUGAGGCCUUUGCAGGCUUGAAGUUGGUCAAAACAGGAACAGAUACUACCCCUCUCGGAAUCGAGUAUGAAACACAGGGCAUUGAACCAGCGGACCUUGCUCUAGUGCCGAUCCUCCGGUCAGGACUGGGAAUGGUUGAUGCCCUGAACGACCUACUCCCCACCCCCGUACCGGUUUACCAUCUAGGCCUUUUCCGCGAGAAAGUCUCCCUUCAACCAGUAGAAUACUAUAACAACCUCCCCUUUCACCGGUCGGAGCUUUCCCCCGCGUCUCCGGCCUCUUUAAACCCAACAACCAACACCGCAGCCGCAACAUUGGCAGUCCUACUGGACCCCGUUAUUGCGACUGGUGCCACGGCCGAGGCGGCUAUCCAACUGCUGCGCGAUUGGGGAGUUAAGAAGGUUAUCAUGCUCAGUGUGCUUGCUUCGGAAGAGGGCAUUAAGCGUGCUGCGGGGACUUGGAGUGAAGUUGAGGUUUAUGUUGGUGGUAUUGAUAAGGAAGUAAAUGAGAAGGGGAUGAUCGUGCCCGGUAUUGGUGAUAUUGGUGACCGCCUGUUUGUUGCUGUGGGUAAAUAG